AUGGCAGCUGACUCCAGCAUGGGGUUUCACCAGGGGAUCACCGCCUCGCUGUACAACCAUCACAUGCUCUCGUUCCAGUCCAACAGCGACGUCGGCAUCAGUGGCGGCGGCGACGCUACCGGUGGCAUGGUCAUGGCGCCGGCGAGUGUGAGUGGCGGCAGUAGCAACGCCGGGCUGUUCCUCUCCCCAAACACAGGUGUCAUCGGCAACGCGUCGGGGGUUGCCCCGGCAAGGACCUCGUCGGGGGAUGCGUUCCGUGGCACCGGGAUGCCCAAGUAUAAGUACGUCACUGGUCCUCCUUCGGAUUGGAGUGACCGUGAGGUAGCCAUACUGAAGGAAGGGCUUGUGAGGUAUGCUCGUGAACCUAAUGUCAUGAGGUACAUUAAGAUAGCAGCUAUGCUUCCUAACAGGACCAUCAGGGAUGUUGCGCUGCGAUGCUGGUGGGCUACACAGGGUAAAGAGAGAAGGAAGAAACCUGAUGGAUUCUUUACAGGGAAAAAAACGAGAGACAUGAAGCCAAUCCAGGACAAAAUGGUUGCAUCUGUCCCAAUAGCUAAUUUUCACAUGACACCUACAACCAAUGUAACCCCUUUUUCGAUAUCAAUGCAACAUCCAAAUCAACAAAGUCAAGUUCACAAAGAAGCUCCUGUUAUCGACAGUGCAACCCAGCGUCUCCUGGAGGAAAAUAAUCAGUUGCUUAACCAGAUUUCUGCAAAUAUUGAAACAUUCAAGACAGUGGAGAACACAGAUCUUUUUCUCCGCACGAGUAACAACAUCAAAACAAUUUUAAGCAGAAUGAGCGAAACACCUGGUAUCAUGGGUCUGAUGCCUCCAUUGCCUUUAUCCAUAAAUGAAGAUCAUAUAAAUUCGCUUAUUCAACUGAACAGACUGGUUGCAUCAUAUGGUACGGCAAGCAUUUCUCAUCAUACCAAGCAAGAGCCAUGA